CCAAAACACAACAGAAAAUGUAAUGGUUUUAAUGGUUAUAAUGGGAAUUGUAUUGGUUUUAAUGGAAACUAUAAUGGUGUCUACUGGUAUGUGAUGGAUUCUGUUGGUGGGAUGUUAAAUCCUAUUGGAAAAAUGCCCAAAACGCACUACAAAAAGGAAUUUUGUAAUGGUUUUACUGGAAAAAGCGAAUGGUUUAUAAUGGUAUUUUAAUGGAAACCAUUGGAAUUUCUGUGAUGGUUUCUAUUGGGCUUCUAUUGUUUUUUUUUUUAGCAGGCUACAUCUCUUGACAGAAAGGUUUUUGCAGGUUUUAAUAAAAUGUAAUUUAAUAACUGUAGUCACAAUCAGCUCAUUCAGUUCUUUUUGAGUUGGCUACAUCUGCUGUGCGUCCUGUGCCAUCAACCCAGAAUUAAAGUUAAAUUUUGUGAACCGGCUCGACCGGUUACUUCCUGGGAACUGGCUCAAAAGAACGAUUCAUUCAAGAAUACCAGCUUACAAUGUUAUAUCCUGUUUGUCAACAACACACAUGUAUGAACUUUAAUGCUUUAAUUAUUAAUUCAAACAUUUUUCAUGCACAUUUUUAACUCCUCUAUUUGUCACUAUUUGCAUAGCUGGUAUAAUCUGCAACCAAACGUUACAGUUUUGCCUUUUAGACAAAAUCUUGUACUUUUUUUCUUCAGUAUUUCUCAAUAUUUUCAGUACAUCACUGGACAGCAUUUAAAUAUCUGAGUUCCUCCAAAUUCCUAUUUGUGUCCUAUUUUUGUUGUUGUUGUUUGUUAAUCUCUCACUCACACACAAGACAAAUGUGGUGUAUUAGUUAAAAUGUGUGAAUUCAUAAAUCAGAGUUAAUACUACUGAAACACACGAAUCGUCGUUUUAGCUUGUGAACAAGACUUUUAUUUUGGUGUGAUGGUGAGAGGUCAUAAGACGGUGCCGCGCUCCUGCAGCUGUUGUGAAUCGACUGAAAGAUUGUCCAAACACAGAGAAAAACUCCUGGUGAAGCAGCUGAGAUCACUAUUAUAAAGAUGGCAUUUCUUAAAGAGGAGAGUGAAGAUAUAAAGAUUGAAGAAGUAUUCAGUCUGAAACAAGAAGAUGCUGAGGAACAAACAGAUCUGAUGACACUGAAAGAGGAGAGUGAAGUACCAAAUGAAGUGGAAGAGAAAUAUCAGUACAAGAAACAUGAUUUCAAAACUGAGGAAAAGAAAUUUAGUUGCUCACAGACAGAAACGAUGACUUCGAGAAAAACAGCUCAGAAAACUAGUCAUUUCACCUGCUUUCGGUGUGAAAGGAGUUUUAAUCAAAGUGGAAACCUUAAAAUCCACAUGAGAAUCCACACUGGAGAGAAGCCUUUUACCUGCCAACAGUGUGAGAAGAGUUUCAACCGAAAAGAAACCCUUAUCAGGCACACGAGAACUCACACUGGAGAGAAGCCUUUCUCCUGCAAACGGUGUGGACUAAGUUUCACUCAGAAAGGAACCCUUAGAAGGCACGUGAGAUCUCACACCGGAGAGAGCCCUUUCCCCUGUAAAAGGUGUGGAAAAUGUUUGACCCAAAAAGCACAUCUUAAAGUCCACAUGAGAAUUCACACUGGAGAAAACCCUUUUAUCUGCAAACAGUGUGGAAAAAGUUUUAACAGAAAUGAAACCCUUAAUAGGCACAUGAGAGUUCACACUAGAGAAAACCCAUUCAUCUGCCAACAGUGUGGAAAAGGUUUCAAUCAAAGAGGACACCUUAACAGACACAUGAAAAUUCACACUGGAGAGAAGCCUUACACACGUUCUUAAAGUGAGAAGAGUUUAAUUCAAAUUAAAGUUUAUACUGGAAAGAAGAUAUUUAAAUGUUCAGUUUGGAAAGUUUCAGAUAUAAUGUACCUUAAAUACCAUAUGUGGAUUCACUCGAGAGAAAACUGUUUUAUGUGUCUUCAGUGUUUUUGUUUCCAUAGUUUUUGUUUGGGAACUCCCUCUGCUACUCAGAUCAUAUUUUUGAUGGAAAAAUUAUAGAAAUUAUCAUUUUUUCUACAUGUGAUGUAUACUGUGACGACAAAUAAACAGAAACCGACACGACUGAAUAAGUAUGUGUUCUCUUUCUUUUGUGAAAUAAAGGUAAAUGCCACUUUAUUUCUGUGACUAUUUUUCAAUCCUGAAAUAUUAAUUCAUUAUGAUUAAUUAAUCACUUAUUAUUGUAAAUCUUUUGGAUUUAAAUAAUAACAACAAAAGAUGCAAACAAAUGGCCGCAUUUAUUAUGUUUUGUUUUCUUUUUUUCUUUUUUUUGAUCUUGCUAGUUCCAUUGAUUUAUUUCUGAUUAACCUUCUGAUAACUUGUCUUUGUCGGUGAAAUGAUCGGUUCCCAUCAGCUUCAAAGCUUCUACACGAUCCCGGUUUAGGAAUAAGGGUUUUAUCUAGUCAAGUCAAGUCACCUUUAUUUAUAUAGCGCUUUUAACAAUACAGAUUGUGUCAAAGCACUUUACAGUAUCAAAUAGGAAAAUAGUGUGU